GCUUACAGCUACAUCAACUCAUACGACUAUCAUUCUGUUGAACAGUGUGUACCUACGAAAGUCAUUGUGCAACCCUCUACCGUGACGAAACAUUUCGAUCCGACUUUUAACAAGUGUGUUUUGUAUGCAAGCCGCAGUGUAGCAUUACGGCAAGAAAAACGCAACUAACAAAGUAAUUGUAUUUAGUCCUUGAGACUAAAACAUUCGUGUCGGCAAGUAGGCUCUUUUAAGUCUGCAGCCGUCAUUUGUUUGUCUAACCCGCAGAUCCCGGCGCAUUUGCUGUCAAAUUAUUAUCUGCAAUUAACGAGCCAUCGACACUGGAACCAUCUCCGACGGACGGUGCGAUAUCAUUGUCUUUGAUUCUCCGGGAAUAGUUUUAUCAUUUUAAUAUAUCAAUUCAUCUGUUGUUACGAGCAGCAAAGCAUACAGGGCAUACGGGGCUCAAUAGCCUUUUUGUGCCGGGAGUUAAUACUUAUCCAGCCGAUAUUUUUAUUCGGACACUACAUACAUCCUUGAUCAGACACCCUGGUGAGGCGUAAAUUCUUGCACGAUGUGUUCGGUUGUUAUGGAUACGGAUGAUGGAAUGGCAGACUAUGGCUUGUGGGAUCGUACUUUGAUGGAAGUAGAUCUUUUAGAAGAGAACUACCGGCACGAAGAAAUCGACUACCUUAAUCGUGGGGCAUUCCUUGAAUCCGACCCACUUCUACCCCUGAUCAACACCAUCGUAAGCGGCGGGGGAAAUGAAGACGAUGCCAGUCAGUUGUUUUUGGCACUCUCGUCAAAAUGUGACCGUUCCAAUAGUACCGCUAGCAGUGGUACACACAGCUCACCUUCCAGUGCAGCCAGCGAUGCCGCUUCCGAUGUUGAUGUGGAUCAAGCCGGUGUGCUAUACGGUUUCGCUAAUUCGGUGGUGAACGGAUCAGUGCUUCCCGACAGUACAUUCCAACUUCCCGCCGGUAUUGUCAUAAAAACCGAGCCUCUGGAUGCGGGCUCGGUACGCAGUCUGUGGCUGGGCCCCGAUGGUCACCUGGUGGACUCGGACACCAGCAGUGUCGCCAGCCCCACCGGGGGGCGCAGUCCCGUCUCCACCGGCCAGGCCCGGAUUUUGCCCUUUACCCUGCAACCACCCACACCACCCUGUAGUAGUGAUGGGGAGAAUUUUUCCUCUCCACUAAACACGCCCUCCCGAUCACCGGGGAAUAUUGCCUCUUUGUCGUUAGCCACCGCAAUCUCAUCUUCCUUGGCCACAUCAGAAGAUGGGACUUUAUUGCUAACCGAAGAAGAGAAGCGUACGCUAAUUGCGGAAGGCUAUCCCAUUCCGGCACGUCUUCCUCUUAGCAAAGCAGAAGAGCGAUCCCUUAAGCGCAUAAGACGAAAAAUAAAAAAUAAGAUUUCAGCCCAGGAAAGCCGUCGGAAGAAAAAGGAGUAUAUUGAAAGCUUGGAAAAGAAAGUCAAAAAUCUAAAUGAAGAUAACAGCGAACUGCGGAGAAGGCUGGAAACUAGCGAAGCUACUAACAGAACCCUUGCGGAUCAGUUAUGCAAAUAUCAAGCCCUACUAAAGGGCAAAGUGCAAAUUCCCGCAGCCACAGUUAGCAUUAGAAGGGCUGUCCCAAAUCAAACAGAAAAGGUUAUCAAGCAGGAGUAACUCCGCCGCAGUCAGCAGCGUUCCAAACGAAUUUUGUACCAAAUAUUACCCGCGACGUAUUUAUUGUUCGCCGAAGCAUUCAGGCAUUUUUCAUAUUAACUGAGUUGGCUUGCUGUCUUUUCUGACGGCUCUCCUUCGCUGUGCUUCCGAUUUGUCUGUCUUUGUCGGCCAUUUUGUGUUAUUCCGUAGUCAACAAAGUUUUUUUGCACAUAAAUCCAUUGGCUUUCAUUGUACUUGGGCGCGGUACUCGCAUGUUUUGGGAUGUUGAGUGGAUACAUCUGUGCGAAUUGAAUAUGGACCAAUUUCCAAGUUUCCGCCCACGUCGUUGCUCGUCUUGUUUGUUGGUUUCGGGAGUUUGCGCGGCUUUUCUGUGUAUUAGGAAUUUACCGGCACGGUUGAUGGAGGACCAAAAAGACGUUAUGCUGUUUUGUUAAUUUAUUGUUACCGGUUAUAGUUUUUUGUCGUUCUUUCUUUGUGAUCGUCGUUGUGGUUGAUCCGAGAUUAUUCGAAAUGUCUUUUUCUUGGAAAAAUGCCGUAUUUUUAUAUUAACUCGUCCAGUUUAUUAUUCGCAUGCCCAUACUGCAACAUUCCUUUGCUGUAAUUAUUUUUGCUUAGAAAACUGUGUAUACUUGUGCAUUUUUUACCAGAUAUCUGUAUUCAUUUAUAAAUGUCUGUCCUGCUUGAUGUUGAUAAAGCCAGUAACCAAAUCUUUUUUCUGUAUGUAUAGUGUAAUUCAGACGAAUCCGAGCUUGAAAGAUUUCACCAGCGGUUG